CACACAACCUGGGCUUCUGCGGCCAAGAGCCUGGCGCAACUCAACACGAAAAUUCGGCAUCUUGACUGUAUUCUGGAUGGCAUAUAAUAUGGAGGUGCUCCGCCGGUCGUCGCAAUUUUCGGUCAUCAGCUCAUCUGGUGGACAGAUGGUCGCCAAGGACGCCCAUUCAUACAUUCGUUACCAACAACUCGAGACAGACGCUGAGAGAUUCGCACAAGAUGGUGCAAUUUCAGGCUCACAGUAUCUUGGCCGGGGCCUACGGGGUAGUAGCUGCUGUUGCCGCUGCCUGUACAUCUGAUCUUCUCGUGGAUGACUUCUCCAGCUCAUUCACAACGAACAGAAAUAAUAUGGGCUCAUGGACUUCAGGUAAGAUACCACGAAUUCAUCGGGAGCGUCCGAAACUUCGGGUGGAAUUACCAGUGGAUCUCCACAAAGCAGCUGUCCAAGAGUCUCAAAUGACCAACAUGACGUUCGAUAGAUGAUGCGAGCAUGACCAGCA